CCAAUCUCUAAAGGACUUUUCUUUUUCUCCAAAUGCUCUCACCCGCCAAAGGCUGUCAUCCAGUCUAGACAUCUUGUCGUGGGUCUAAGUCCAGCUGUCACCAUGGGGAUGGAGACUGGUCCGCUGUGAAUUUUUUGGGAGAGAGAGAGAGCGAGAAGAAGAGAAAAAGAAGGGGGGAAUAUUUAAAAGGAGAAGGGGAAGAAUCAGGUUGCCCUUUGGGGAGGCCUGCUUGAGAACAAGGGGCCCUUUGCCGCCUUCCCAUCGACCACCUUCUCUCAUCCUUCUCCUUGUCUGUUCCCUUCUUCUCUUCUUCUCCUCCUUUGCCUUUUUUUGCUCUGGCUCCCAGUGCCAAAGGGGGACCUUCUUCCAUGCGUCUGUCAUCUAACCCCUUGGCGAUCUAUUUAAAGCAAAGGCCGGCAUUGGACUUUGUCUCCGGCCCUAUUUAUGAACCCCUCGGACUUGGCAAGUAGGACCAGGGAGCAUUAACUCCCGGCUUUGGAACAAUUGGCGCAAGGGAAGGAAGGCCAGCGACGGCGGUGCCAACCUGUGGCUUGGCGUCUUCUGCAAGUGUUGGCGGCGUGGCCUGUGGAGAGCAUGAAGGUCUCCCAGGCUCUCCUGAUCUACUCUUCCUUAGUGGUCCUCUGGCGACCCGGCAUUGGCCAACCCUACCUCCGGCUGCGGCCUUCCCCUAGCGACAACUUGCCAGUCAAGGACAUCAUUGAGCAUCCGGACCCGGAGUAUGACCCGAAGGAGCAAGACCUGGACGACAGGACUUUGAGGAAAAAGCUGGGGAGCAAUUUCGACCCUCACUUCAUGUCAGUGGUGGCCCCAGCCCCUCAGGUCAACCUCUCCAUCUCCGACCCACUGCACAGGCUCAAGGGGCCUUUGCCCAACGAGCUCAAAAAGUUGGACCUUGGGGAGACCCCUUACGGGACCCGGCUCAAGAUGGGCAAGAAGGCUCGGCGGAAGUUCUUGCAGUGGCUCUGGGCCUACACCUAUUGCCCAGUGCUUUACACCUGGAAGGACCUGGGCAUCCGGUUUUGGCCCCGCUACAUUAAGGAAGGGAACUGCUUUGCUGAGAGGUCGUGCUCUUUCCCAGAAGGCAUGUACUGUAAGCCGGUCAAGUCGGUCACCAAGACCUUCUUGAGGUGGUACUGCCAAGGAUGGUCCAGGCAGAAGUAUUGCACUUGGAUCCCGGUGCAGUACCCGGUCAUUUCUGAAUGCAAAUGCGCCUGCUAGCCUGAGGGCAGCCCAAGAGACCGCUUGGUUCUUGUCUGUUGCUUGUGGAUCUGUGUGGAUUACCUUCAGGAGUCCUCAGCCGGAACCCGCUCCAGGGCCUUGAGGCAAGGUGGAGUUGGCCCUUUGUCCACCGAUCCCAUGAAGGGUCCCAUCACAACGGUCUAGGUCUUCUGCGGGUGCCUGGGAACGCUUUGCCACUUUCUUGGCAGAUGUGGCAGGUGCCCACCAACACUUUUGGCAACACCGAUGACUAAGGGAUUGGAUGUUAGAACCCAAGAACUUGGUGGUCUCAUGGUGAACCAUCUUCCUCUCCCAAGGGACUAAGGGAUUGGAUGUUGGAACCCAAGAACUUGGUGGUCUCAUGGUGAACCAUCUUCCUCUC